AUGAGUGACUGGUUUGUGGAUGAUGAGGGGUCGUGGUUUAGUACUGGGCAAGAGUGGACAGUGGAGUCUGGAUCGUCGAGUUCAGAACCGUCGAGCAAUUCGGAGCACUGGAUCGUAGUGACGGACUUGGAACAGCAGACACUAACAGAUCAUGAUAGCAGCAGUGAUUGGGACGAGGACGUAUAUCUUAUGCCGAGAGACAACGUGCAGCCCAGCACAACGGUGAAUGAGUAUGGCGAACACAUGACUUGGCCAGUACAUUACCCUGAGGAGGAGAGAGUAGUGCCAUCUACUCAGAUCAUAGAGAUCAGUUCAGGCGAGACUACACCAAACUCAUGGGAUAGAGAUAGUCCACCGAGGGUUCUACCAUACAUACCAAUGCCGCAUGUAUUCGCACCGGGAGGUGGAGUAAAUCCUUACAUGCCAAUGGAGGAUGACUGA